GGCCUGGCUCGUUAGCGCAGGGGAUCCGAGCAGGGCAGGACAUGUGAGAUAGUCACAGUUUUCCAGAGAUCACGACAAGAUCUAACCAGUCGCGCGUGGUCCCCGGCGCCGGAGCGGGCCAGCCCAGCCCAGCCCCGCGCAGAGCCCCCGCCACCCCCGCGCCCAGAGCCCCGCGCCCCUCGCCGCGCGCCGGACGGGGAGCCGGGAGGAGCCGCCGCCGCGCUUGCCACCCGGGUCGCCCUUCCUCCUCGCGCGACGCCGCCCGGGCCGGGGGUCCGAGCCCCGCGCCCCCGGCCCCGGCCCCCGGGCGCCUGGGCCGGAUGUCCCGAUGAGAGAGCCGGCGCUGGCGGCCAGCGCCAUGGCUUACCAUCCGUUCCACGCGCCACGGCCGGCCGACUUCCCCAUGUCCGCCUUCCUGGCGGCGGCGCAGCCCUCCUUCUUCCCCGCGCUCGCGCUGCCGCCCGGCGCGCUGGCCAAGCCGCUGCCCGACCCGGGCCUGGCGGGGGCGGCGGCCGUGGCGGCGGCGGCGGCGGCCGAGGCGGGGCUGCACGUCUCGGCACUCGGCCCGCACCCGCCCGCCGCGCAUCUGCGCUCGCUUAAGAGCCUGGAGCCCGAGGACGAGGUGGAGGACGACCCCAAGGUGACGCUGGAGGCCAAAGAGCUGUGGGACCAGUUCCACAAGCUGGGCACCGAGAUGGUCAUCACCAAGUCCGGGAGGCGGAUGUUCCCUCCGUUCAAGGUGCGAGUCAGUGGUCUGGACAAGAAGGCCAAGUACAUCCUGCUGAUGGACAUUGUGGCCGCUGAUGAUUGCCGGUAUAAAUUCCACAACUCGCGCUGGAUGGUGGCCGGCAAGGCCGACCCGGAGAUGCCCAAGCGCAUGUACAUCCACCCGGACAGCCCGGCCACGGGAGAGCAGUGGAUGGCCAAGCCCGUGGCCUUCCACAAGCUGAAGCUGACGAACAACAUCUCCGACAAACACGGCUUCACCAUCCUGAACUCCAUGCACAAGUACCAGCCGCGCUUCCACAUCGUGCGGGCCAACGACAUCCUGAAGCUGCCCUACAGCACCUUCCGCACCUACGUGUUCCCCGAAACCGACUUCAUCGCGGUCACUGCCUACCAGAACGACAAGAUCACUCAGCUGAAGAUCGACAACAACCCGUUUGCCAAGGGCUUCCGGGACACCGGGAACGGCAGGAGGGAGAAAAGGAAGCAGCUGACGCUGCCGUCUCUGCGCCUGUACGAGGAGCACUGCAAGCCGGAGCGCGACGGCGCCGAAUCCGACGCCUCGUCCUGCGACCCUCCCCCCGCACGGGAACCGCCGCCGUCCCCGGGGGCAGCGCCCAGUCCGCUCCGCCUGCACCGGACCAGAGCCGAGGAUAAGUCGUUCGCUGCAGACAGUGACCCAGAACCCGAGAGGCUGAGCGAGGAGCGCGCGGGACCCGCGCUCGGCCGCAGCCCGGCGCUGGACGGCAGCAGCCCCGCCCGCUUGACCGAACCUGAGCGCGCCCGGGAACGGCGCAGCCCGGAGAGGGGCAAGGAGGCGGCGGAGGGCGGCGGGGACGGCCCCUUUGGUCUGCGGACCCUAGAGAAGGAGCGGGCCGAAGGCCGGCGGAAGGACGAGGGACGCAAGGAGGCGGGUGAGGGCAAGGAGCCCAGCCUGGCACCGCUGGUGGUGCAGACAGACAGCGCGUCCCCCCUGGGCGCCGGCCACCUCCCGGGACUGGCUUUCUCCGGCCAUCUUCACGGGCAGCAGUUUUUCGGGCCACUGGGAGCUGGCCAGCCGCUCUUUCUGCACCCGGGACAGUUCGCCAUGGGCCCUGGAGCCUUCUCCGCCAUGGGCAUGGGUCACCUGCUGGCCUCGGUGGCGGGCGGCAGUGGCAAUAGCGGAGGCGGCGGGCCCGGGGCCACCACCGGGCUGGACGCAGGCGGGCUGGGCCCCGCAGUCAGUGCGGCGAGCACCGCGGCGCCUUUCCCGUUCCACCUCUCCCAGCACAUGCUGGCGUCUCAGGGAAUCCCAAUGCCUACUUUCGGAGGCCUCUUCCCGUACCCCUACACCUACAUGGCAGCCGCGGCUGCAGCCGCCUCCGCUUUGCCAGCCACCAGUGCUGCCGCCGCAGCCGCUGCUGCCGCUGGCUCCCUCUCCCGGAGCCCCUUUCUGGGCAGCGCCCGGCCCCGUCUGCGCUUCAGCCCCUACCAGAUCCCGGUCACCAUCCCGCCCAGCACUGGUCUCCUCGCCACUGGGCUGGCGGCGGAGGGCUCCAAGGCUGCGGGCGGCAACAGCCGGGAGCCCAGCCCGCUGCCUGAGCUGGCUCUCCGAAAAGUGGGGGCUCCGCCCCGUGGUGCCCUGUCGCCCAGCGGCUCAGCCAAAGAGGCGGCCAGUGAACUGCAGAGCAUCCAGAGACUGGUGAGUGGGCUGGAGAGCCAGCGAGCCCUCUCCCCGGGCAGGGAGUCUCCCAAGUGAGGGGGCUGCCCAGCUGCUCCGCUGCCACGAAGGCCUCCCGGGCUGCCUGCCCUUGCUGCUUGGGACCUGUACAGCACAGAAUGGGUAUUUAUUUAAAUAAAGGAGCAAAAGCGGGCUGCAGCAGCGGAAUAGAGCCCUGACCAGCCAGCGGGGGCCAGGGACACUUCCCUGGGCCUCACAAGGAAUCCUGCUGCCGGGAUCACAGUCGCUUUGGAGCCACUGGACUCGGUCCAGAUUUGCUCCGGUGUCAAGGUGGCAUCGUCCGGGGGCAUCUCCGGGUCCUGCAGCGCUGUGGAGAGACCUCGUGCCAGCCCAGUGGUCUCACGAGGAGCCGGAAGGUGCAGGGCCUCGGGGUGGGAGCUUCGGAAGGAGCCGCGGAAGGUCUCGGCCUCCUGCCCGGACCGCUGGGGAGUCGGGGGUGAGGGAUGCUGGGGUCAGAGCCGACCGCAGUCAGUGCAGGCUUGCGCUGGGAGGGACCUGUUCCUUUCGUCCUCCCACGUCCUCCCCCCAAGAGACAGGCGCCCCUUCUACCCCUGGGUCCGCGGAGUGAGUGGCACUUCUGCCUUGAGUCCCCAGGGGGGAAAAAAAAGAUAUUUAUGAAAUAAAUGGUAAUUUGUGUAAAUAAGCUUUAAGAUUCCCAGAAUAUGCAAAUUGGUAUUAAUUUAUUCAAAAGUGUACAUUGCUGUGUACAUAAUAUUUAGAGAUUAACUCAUAGCAUUUAAAAGUUUUUUCAUUUUACAUGAGCAUCUAUAUUGUACAGGGCUGGCGGGCGGUGGUCCUCGGCUGCAGGAGGAAGGCCCGACCCGGAGGAGCUCCCACCCCGCCAGCCCCUCGGCCCCUCCGCCCGGGCUUCGCUCGCCUGGCCCCCGGGCUCCACCUCAGGUUUUCACUUUUCGCUCCGGAGUGAGACGAAACGAAA